UUAUGUGUGAAUGUGAACUUGGCUACAGAUACGGCUACAGAUGUUGUUUUGGACGGGUUUCAUUUAUACCCUUUAACAAAGUGUAAUAGUUUACCAGUUUAUUGAAUAUAAAUUUGACUCAAAGGAAGAAAGUAAAGGAGUAAUUUCACCAACAAUGUGCGCGGUGUCGGUGCUGGGCGUCGCCCUGCUGACCGUCCUAUCCGGACACACGGUCGCCUUCGUACCGAUCGGCGGCGGGUCACCAACUCAUGUCAGCAUUACGGGAACGGCUCUCCUGCAGAAAGUGACGGAGACAUGCCGGGCGGUGGCCGAGGCAGCCGGUCAUGAGUUCAAUCCCACGGGUUCGUCUCCUGAGGAGCUGGUCCAGGCAUGUCUAGGUCCCACAGCAACGGGAGACGUGUCUGGUGCCAAGUUUCACUCUGCUCUCCAAGAGAUCUACACCCAGAAUGGACUGGUAGACCGCAACUUUGUCACCAGUGCUCCACACCACUUCAACUCAGAGGCCUUUCUAGAGGGACGUGGCCUGAUCAUCGAGGGCCUGGUGGCCAUUAAGGCGAACAUUCGCGAAGAGAACUUCCAAGCAGCCAGAGAAACACUGGGCCGUGUCCUUCAUACACUUCAGGACUUCUACAGCCACAGUAACUGGGUGGAGCUGGGAUAUACCGAGCCAUACAUUAACCUCAUACGCCCGGACCUUCCUCUGGAAAACCUGGCAGAUAUCAGCACUGCCACCUGCAGCGACUGUGCAAGUGGAAAGUGUCCCAAUUCCAUUCUGCCCAACAUCCUAAAAGAAAAGAAACUCACGUCAGGUUACAUGGGAAUCUUCUCAGCUGCCAAGCCCAAAGGUAAAUGUAGCCAUGGAGGUGCAGGUGACCUGACGAGCACAGCAGAACCUCGUGGAGGCAUCAGCAAAGAUGAGCGCCGCGCCGACAAUGUGGCCUUCCACAACGCUGCAGUGAAUGUAGCAACAGCCGCCAGCCUCCAGCUGCUGGAGGACAUCCGGUUAGCUGCAGGGGACAAUAACUUCCUGAGAAUGAUGGGGAUUGCUCGCUCAUCUGUCGUUUGUUUUGUUAUUGACACCACUGGCAGUAUGUCAGAUGACAUCGAGGCGGCCAGGAAGGCUGUUUACGAAAUAAUUGAUAAAAAAAAAGGAACGCAGGACGAGCCAUCAGAGUACAUUCUGGUGCCAUUCAAUGACCCCGAUUUUGGACCUAUGAUCAGGACAACGGACGCUGAUAAAAUGAAAAGAGAAAUCUCUCUGCUGAGAGCGAAUGGAGGUGGUGAUACCCCUGAGAUGUGCCUGUCAGGACUUCAGGUGGCUCUCACCGGUGCUCCUGACUCCUCCGACAUCUACGUUUUCACCGAUGCUGUUGCCAAAGACAUUUACCUCAAGGACACUAUCAUGGCUCUAAUCAGUAGCACCAAAUCAACGGUGUCAUUCUUUCUAACCAGGUCUGGUAGGCGCCGUCGUUCCCUCCGUGCUAGUUCCUUUGAAGACUACAAGAACCUGGCUUUGGCCUCUGGAGGCCAGGCCAUCGAGGUGUCUAAGAGUCAGCUGCCUCAGGCCACAGAUAUCAUUCUUGACACCUCCACUUCAGCUCUGGUGACAGUUCUUCAGCGAGCAAGGAACCCUGGGAAGCAGGAGACAUUUCCCUUUGUGUUGGAUGAAUCUCAGAAAAAUAUCACAAUCUACAUCACAGCACAAUCAAUUACUUUCACGCUGACCAACCCGGCAGGUGUGACCCAGAACCAUAAUGAGGUCAGCGGUAAACUGGGGUCCAUAAACACUGUGGGCAACCUGUGGAGAAUUCGUCUCCACGCUGACAGCAUGAAAGGGACCUGGCAGAUCAACAUCAUUUCCAACCAACCAUACACACUUAAAGUCACAGGUCAAAGUACUAUUACUUUUAUCUAUGACUUUGUGGAGCGCUUCGGGGGACCUCACCCAGGUUACGCAGUCCUCAGUGGUCAUCCACAAGCAGGCCAGCCGGCCAUUCUGAUGCUCUCAGUGAUUGGUAGGAAAGGUCCAUCCUCAGUGACCUUAGGAGACGUUUCCCUAGUAACUGUAUCUGGUCCUGAGACUGUUAGAAAUAGCACAAUCACUGACAUGGGCAACGGGGACGUCCUGGUGACUGUCGACGCCGUCCCUGAGGGGGAGUUUGUGGUCAGCCUUAAAGGAACUGACAAAGUGUCAGGGAGCGAUUUUCAGAGACAGUCUACCACCCAGAUGUCCGUCUCCAAAGUGAAUAUCAAGGCUGUGGCAGACAAAAGUAUGGAGCCAGGAAAAACCUUCACUCUCCCCUUCAGUGUCAUGACCCAGGGAUCUGGUGGUCAGUACUCCAUCAGCGCCAGAAACGACAAGAACUUCCCCAUGUCCAAGCCACCCAGUCUCACCUUGAUAACUGGACAAUAUGCUAAUUCCUCUGUAACCAUCACACCACCUGCCGCAACACCAUCAGGCAAUGAUGUCACUGUGACUCUGGAAGCCAAGUCGUCCAGUGGUGCUGACUCCAACUACAUCGUUUUGAGGUUCUCUGUUGUUACCAAAAUUACAGAUUUUGUUCCACCUUUGUGUGAGGUGGUCAGUGUGAUGGCUGAUGAUUGCCCUCGCGACGUGUCUCAGUGUGACCCUUUCAAGUGGAAACUAACAGCCACCCUCUCAGACGGAAAUGGCACCGGAGUAGAGAGCGUGUCCCUACGCCAGGGCAGUGGAAACCUCACAACCACCUUGCUGAGUGAUCCCAUCAUUCAGGCCAACUACACAGCAUCCUGCUGCUCACAGAUUGUUGAGUUUGUAGCGGUAGAUACAGUCGGAAAUGUGGGCAAGUGCUAUCACUCCAUUGUUACAGAUUUUGUUCCACCUUUGUGUGAGGUGGUCAGUGUGAUGGCUGAUGAUUGCCCUCGCGAUGUGUCUCAGUGUGAGCCUUUCAAGUGGAAACUAACAGCCACCCUCUCAGACGGAAAUGGCACCGGAGUAGCGAGCGUGUCCCUACGCCAGGGCAGUGGAAACCUCACAACCACCUUGCUGAGUGAUCCCAUCAUUCAGGCCAACUACACAGCAUCCUGCUGUUCACAGAUUGUUGAGUUUGUAGCUGUAGAUAAAUUUGAAAAUGUGGGCAAGUGCUAUCACUCCAUUGUACGCUCUGCAGGCCCUCCCACCUUACCUGCCUCGCUGCCACUGUGUUUGUGCUUCCUGGUGUCUGCCUUUGUUUUAAGGUUUUGACGAGGUUAAGUUAGGUUACUGUGUUUCAGCCAGCAGACGUUAUCAAAAACAUAAUUUUGAAUAAACUACAUUUUGGUGAUGGCCAUGUAAUGCUAAGAUCAUGACUGCAUACCUAUGUUUUACAAAAUGUUACUAUAUAAAAACAUUAAAAAGCUGGAUGCUUUGGUAAGAAACAUUCUGGUGUUGAAAAUUAUCAUUAAGCAAGACUCUUUGACUUGGAAGAAAUAAACUCCAAGCAAUAUAAC